CACUUCUACUUCGACAUCAGCGCAAUGGAGAAGGGCGAGCAGGUGCUGAAAGCCGAGUUCAGGGUCUUCAAGCUCAAGAGGACACAUGUGUCUAGGAGGUCUGACGUGAAACACUUUUGUAAAGUGGAAGUGUAUGAGCUCUUGGAGAGUGGAAGUAAGCCACAGAAAAGACAUCUCAUUGCAUCACGGUUAUUGUCACUGUACACAGAAGGCUGGGAAGUAUUCAGCGUCACACAGACAGUUUCCAAGUGGGUUGCAAACAGCAGCUCCAACCAUGGCUUUUUGGUAACUACAACACAUGUAUUCAACAAUAGAAUUGAGCACAACCUGGUUAAGUUUGCUAAGAGCCAGGGCACUUUGCAGGAGAGUAGAAAUGCUCUCCUGGUCCUCUUCACCAACAGUAACAAAUGGAAGUCUUCCAGCUUUGUACCCUCUUCCACAAAAACAGAGAUGAACCCUCCCAGAAAUGAUGCUUUACGUGCGCCUCAUGAAACUCAGAUCAUCGAAAGCAGCAAUGCAAGCAAGAACAGGAGACCUCGAGCUGCUGCAGUCCCUUCUGCCAAAAGCCAAGUAACAGCAUGUCAUCGAAGGGAACUCUACGUUGACUUCCAUGCUAUUGGCUGGUCAGGAUGGAUUAUUUAUCCAAGUGGAUACAAUGCAUUUUAUUGUAGAGGAUCAUGUCUCUUCCCCUUGGGGGAAGGUCUAAAUGCAACAAACCAUGCUACAGUUCAGUCCAUAGUCCAUACACUUAAACUGUCUGAAGAUGUCAGCAUGCCCUGCUGUGUGCCAGAUGAGUUGAAGUCCCUCAAUCUUCUCUACUUUGAUGACAAAGAGAAUGUGGUCCUUAAAAAUUAUAAAGACAUGGUGGCAACAAGGUGUGGUUGUCAUUAGCAGGACCUUUUAUUGUCUGUAUUUGGCAUGCACGUGGAUUCAAUUCCCCAUUUGCUGCUGAAUAUACCAAGGGAGAUGGCAUUUCUCUUUACAGGGGAGGAGAGUCAGAAACUCAGCUGUGCUUCAAAUUCUUCUACCUUCAUCAUGGCUGUGUGGAAAGAUGUUUACAGCUGGCUUUUGAAGAGCUGUGGGCUUUUGGAGAAUAUGCUGACCCAUAUGGAGAGCUCUUUGAGUGCCUGUAGACAGAGGAAACCAUUAGAACCAGGAACUUGCUGAAGUGAAGGGAGUUGAAACACAUUCAGUUGAGCAUUCAAAUUAAGAUCUUGUUCUGCAUAUUGAGUCUCAGAAUUUCCUAUGGUUUAACAGGUAUAGUAUCCUGUCUCAAUCCAGGAUGGGGGGUGCAGGU